AUGGCUAAAAAUAUUUAUGAAUUAGCAAAGGAUUUUCCUAAUUUGCAGUCUAUUAUGGAAAAAGCAACAUCCAGUGUAGAUGAGGUAAAGACUGGUAAUUGUAAUGGACUUAAUGAAAACUAUAUAGCAAAAUUAGUUACUCACAUUAAGGCAAUAUGCGAAGAAUUACAGAGAUAUACUAGUAGAAUACAAAGUUAUUACCCUACACUGCUUAACGAUUCGAGUUGUAUAUAUUUGUAUUAUUGGCUAUAUUAUUAUAAUAAUAAGAAAUAUGUAGGUGAAGUUAAAAGUCUUUAUAAAGAAUUGAUCAAUGCUGAUGAUACAACCCAUAGGGAUAUAUGUGAAAAAUAUUUUAACACUAUUGUUACAGAUGAUGUAAUGUCAAAUCUCAAAGAUCUAUAUGACAUGUUCUCAAUGCUUAAUCAUACAAAUGGUAUAAUUAAUACAUGUACACAAUAUUGUGACUGUGCCAAGAAGUGUGCCAAAAUAUAUAAAAAACAUAUGGAUACAUGUAAAUACGAUAGCAACACAUAUUUUUGUAAAGAAUUAAUAAAUAUAAAAGAAAAAUAUGAUUCACAAAAUUUAAAUGUGCACUGUGGAGAAGAUACAACUAAAACAUUACCUUCUUUCCAAACAAAUAAUACAACAGUUUUUACAUUAAUUCCUAUAGUUUCAACAUUAGCAAUAUCGUUUUUCCUAUUUAUUUUGUAUAAGUUUACUCCAUAUGGACGAAAUCUUCUAUGUACAAAUAUGGAUAAAACAGAAAUAUAUAAUAUUACAGAUAAAGAAUGUAAUAUAUUGCAUCUAUCUGAAAUGUCCAAUUCCAAUUUAAGAAAUAAUGAAUAUCAAAUAUUAUAUAAUGCAAAUUAA